AUGUUCGUUGUUGGGAUCGAGUUACCAAAGAUUGAAGUGAGGUUUAGAGAUCUUUUCGUCGAAGCAGAGUGUGAGGUAGUUUAUGGAAAACCGAUCCCAACUCUUUGGAAUGCAACUGCAAGCAGAUUAUCUGGGUUCAUGUGUUCAAAGCAAGAAAAGAAGAUAAGCAUCUUGAAAGGCGUCAGUGGCAUCAUAAGGCCUAAAAGAAUGACUUUGUUGCUUGGUCCUCCUGGUUGUGGUAAAACCACUCUGCUACUCGCACUAUCGGGAAGACUCGACUCAUCUUUAAAGACUAGAGGAGAAGUAAGCUACAACGGUCACUUAUUAUCAGAGUUUGUUCCUGAGAAGACAUCGAGUUAUGUAAGUCAAAAUUAUCUGCACAUUCCAGAGCUCAGUGUCAGAGAGACACUAGAUUUUUCGGGAUGUUUUCAAGGUGCAGGAAGUCGUUUAGAAAUGAUGAAAGAGAUAAGUAGAAGGGAGAAACUGAAAGGAACAGUUCCAGAUCCUGAUAUAGAUGCAUACAUGAAGGCAGCUUCGAUUGAAGGUUCAAAAACUAAUAUUCAAACCGACUAUAUCCUAAAGAUCCUAGGACUCAAUACCUGUGCAGAUACACGCGUUGGAGAUGCUUCAAGACCAGGAAUAUCCGGUGGCCAAAAGAGAAGAUUAACUACAGGUCCACGAUAUUGCAUAUGUAGAUUCUUUGAGGAUUGUGGAUUUAAAUGUCCAAAUAGGAAAUCUGUUGCUGAGUUCUUGCAGGAGGUUAUCUCAAGAAAAGAUCAAGAACAGUAUUGGUGUCACACAGACAAACCAUACUGUUAUGUCUCCAUUGAUUCAUUUAUAGAGAGAUUUAAAAAUUCUGAUAUUGGGUUACAACUACAAGAAAAAGUCUCCAAGAGCUAUGAAAAGUCUCAGAGUCAAAAAGAUGCACUAUGCUUUAAAAAGUACUCACUUAGUAACUGGGAGAUGCUAAAAGAUUGCUCAAGGAGAGAGUUUCUUCUCAUGAAACGAAACUCUUUCGUUUACGUAUUCAAAUCUGGACUCUUAAUUUUCAUGGGUUUCAUUGCAAUGACUGUUUAUCUAAGGACUGGUUCUACAAGAGAUGCUCUUCAUGCUAAUUACCUUAUGGGUUCUCUGUUCUUUUCACUCUUUAAACUUCUUGCUGAUGGACUUCCAGAACUUACACUAACAAUCUCGAGGAUUGCGGUUUUCUGCAAGCAAAAAGAGUUAUACUUUUAUCCUGCUUGGACUUAUGCAUUGCCUUCAGCUAUCUUAAAGAUACCGAUUUCAUUUCUUGAAUCUUUCCUCUGGACGUUGCUGACAUAUUAUGUCAUUGGUUACAGUCCUGAGAUUGGCAGGUUCAUUCGCCAGUUCUUGAUCUUCUUUGCUUUACACCUUUCAUGUAUAUCAAUGUUCCGUGCUAUAGCUGCCACUUUUCGAGAUUUUGUUGUUGCCACAACCAUGGGAACCAUCUCUGUAGUGGUUCUCGCACUGUUCGGAGGAUUCAUUGUUCGAAAACCCUCCAUGCCUGCUUGGCUUGAGUGGGGAUUCUGGUUAUCUCCAUUGUCAUAUGCUGAGAUUGGUCUAACCACAAAUGAGUUUUUCGCUCCACGGUGGAGAAAGACAACAUCUGAAAACAGAACUUUGGGGGGACAAGUUCUAGAUGCUCGCGGUCUGAACUUUGGUAACCAAUCUUACUGGACUGCAUUUGGCGCUUUAAUUGGCUUCACACUCUUCUUCAAUACUGUUUUUGCAUUGGCCUUGACAUUUCUAAAGACUUCACAGAGGUCUCGUAUGGUUGUUUCUCAUGAGAAGAACACUCAAAGUUCAGGAAAAUAUCAUAAAACAGGUUCUAAAAUUGCUUCCCAGUCCAAAAAUGCAUUGCCUUUCAAGCCCUUAACUUUCACAUUUCAAGACGUGCGAUAUUUCAUCGAGACACCUCAGGGAAAGAAGCUGCAGCUUCUCUCUGGCGUUACAGGAGCAUUCAAGCCCGGUGUUCUCACUGCUCUAAUGGGUGUGAGUGGCGCUGGGAAAACGACUCUGCUUGAUGUUCUUUCCGGGAGGAAAACUCGCGGUGACAUUGAAGGACAGAUCCAAGUAGGCGGUUACCUUAAGGUUCAAGAAACAUUUGCACGUGUUUCAGGUUACUGCGAACAGUUUGACAUUCAUUCUCCUAAUCUAACUGUCGAAGAGUCCUUGAAAUACUCUGCUUGGCUUCGGCUGCCUUCUAACAUCAAUUCAGAAACAAAGCGUGCAAUAGUCAAGGAAGUUCUUGAGACCAUAGAGCUCGAGGAGAUUAAAGUUUCCAUAGUGGGACUUCCUGGAGUUAGUGGUUUAACUACAGAACAGCGCAAGAGACUGACAAUAGCUGUUGAGCUUGUUUCGAAUCCCUCAAUCAUAUUUAUGGAUGAACCAACCACAGGACUAGACGCAAGAGCUGCUGCAAUUGUAAUGAGAGCUGUGAAGAACAUCGCCGAGACUGGAAGAACCGUUGUCUGCACGAUUCACCAGCCGGGAAUAGAUAUCUUCGAGGCAUUUGAUGAGCUGAUCCUGAUGAAAAAUGGAGGGAAAAUUAUCUAUUAUGGACCUCUUGGACAACAUUCAAGCACAGUCAUUGAAUACUUUAUGAGCAUUCCUGGAGUUCCGAAAAUGAAAGAGAACUCUAAUCCAGCCACUUGGCUACUAGACAUUACUUCAAAAUCAUCUGAAGACAAACUUGGUGUUGAUUUGGCACAAACGUACAACGAAUCGGCUUUGUUUAAGGAGAACAAAUUGGUUAUUGAGGAAAUGAGCUCUGCAUCUUUGGGAUCAGAAGGAUUAAUCUCCUCUUCGCGGUAUGCUCAAACCGGGUGGGAACAAUUCAAAGCAUGCCUCUGGAAACAACAUCUCUCUUAUUGGAGAAACCCUUCAUACAAUCUCACUCGCAUCAUCUUCAUGAGUCUUACCUCUGUUCUCUGUGGCAUUGUCUUCUGGCAAAAAGCUAAGGAAAUAAACAAUCAGCAAGAUCUAUUCAACAUAUUUGGCUCAAUGUUCACUGUGGUUCUCUUCUCUGGUAUAAACAAUUGCUCAACAGUGUUAUUCUGCGUUGCGACCGAACGAAAUGUCUUCUACCGCGAAAGAUUUGCUCGAAUGUACACCUCGUGGGCGUAUUCCCUUGCUCAGGUGUUGGUUGAAAUUCCAUAUUCAUUAUUCCAAUCUAUUGUAUGUGUGACAAUCGUAUAUCCUAUGGUUGGCUUUCACUGGUCGUUCUACAAAGUGUUUUGGAGCUUCUACUCAGUCUUCUGCUCGUUGCUCAUUUUCAACUAUUUCGGUAUGCUAUUAGUCGUCGUGACCCCAAACAUUCACGUUGCUUUUACUCUCCGUUCCUCUUUUUACUCAAUCGUCAAUCUCUUUGCUGGUUAUGUCAUGCCAAAACCUAACAUUCCGAAAUGGUGGAUUUGGAUGUAUUACUUGAGUCCGACGUCAUGGGUUUUGAAUGGAUUGCUCACAUCGCAGUAUGGAGAUAUGGAGAAAGAGAUAAUAGCAUUUGGAGAGAAGAAGAAAGUUUCAGCUUUCUUGGAAGACUAUUUUGGUUACAAAUAUGACUCAUUAGCUCUUGUAGCUCUCGUUCUCAUUGCUUUCCCCAUUCUCUUAGCAUCUCUUUUCGCAUUCUUUAUUGGCAAACUCAAUUUCCAAAAGAAGUGA